CACGCCCGCUACCGAUUGGGCUCAAGCUGACACCGGCGCCGCCGCGCCGGGAGACGCAUCCCCCGCUUCCCAUGGCCUGGCGUUUUGGCCAGCGGUACCUGGACUGGCUCUUCGGCACCGUCUCGCAGACGGUCGUGAGUUGGUCAGCCCGCUGCCCGGCGUGCCCCGCCUGCCCGCAGCCGCCGGCGUGCCCAGCCUGCCCCUCGGCGGCGCCGAUCCACUUCCCCCCGCCGGCCGCCUGUCCGGCGGCGCCAGGGGCGCCGACCACCGCGCCCGCGCCCCAGCCGACCGCCCAGGAGCCUGAGAGCCUCUCCUGGACAGGCGGGCGGCUGACCUGCUUCCUGGUCGCCAUCAACCUGUUGGUCUUCAGCUCCCACGUGGUGCGGCGGGUGAUUCAGGAUCCGACUGAUGCCCGCUGGUUCCCCUUGCGGGUGCUGAUAACCACGCCGGAUGGCGACGUGUACGAAGAGCUGUACGACUUGUCUAAUGGGACUUCGGCUGCGGUUCGCUUCGAGGACGACAGGGGCACCCGCCCGGCUGGCCUGGAGGUCGGGAACCUCUACCGCUUCCGGCGCGCGCUGACGGGGGCCGAGGAGGUGGCCAUCGGGUUCGAGGUGGACGCCUGCGCCCGCGACGUGUUCCUCGUCGCGGAGCGUGCGGCCGGACGGCCCGGGGUGGCGCCUCCGGCGGACGCUGUCGUCUACUUCACGAUCGCGGCCGCGGCUGGUGGCGCGGUCGCGCCUGGGCCCGCUCCCGCCGCCCCUGCCGCCGGGGGAGGGGCAGCUGUGGCCGCCGCGCUGGCGGUGGUGCCGGCCGAUCCCGCCGCGGCCGCGGCUGGGCCGCCCGCGGGGGCCACCCCCAUGGCGGCAGCAGCCGCUCCGCUCGCCGCUGCGGAAGCUCCCGCAGGACCCGUGGGGCCGAGUGCCUUGCCUAUGACUGACGUGGAGUGGGUCUACGUUGAGGCCACGACGACGGCCCGGCGUUGGGACCCUGUCACGAUGAACGGGACCGACCUCAUCCGGGGGGCUAUCGGCCUGAUGCAGGACGCUGGCGGGAGCUGGUCGGCCAGCAGGGUGAUCAUGACCUCGCAGGCCGCCUACCGCGGCGCCGAGUCCCUCGCCGACGCUCGCCUCCAGCCUGUACCACUGUUUAGUGACGGCUCGCGACAGCGCGGGAAGUUCCACGAGGGUGUCGACAUGCUCUGCGAGGAGCCCCUUCCCGACUGGCCGCUGGGCGGCCCGAGGACCACGCUGUGGAGCCUCCGCUCCUUGGACAGGAAGCGCAGAGGGGCCAUCGAGCACUUCCACCAGAUCGUGUCCUACUACCGGCUGUAUCACGACGACUUCGGGGAGACACACUACGAGGCCAUCGUGCGGAUGGUCGACUACCUGAUGACGUGGGACCUCAUCGACUUGCCCAAGGGGGUGGGCGUCGGGUUCAUGCUGCGGCAGGCGCAGCUGUACAAGUACAUGUACGCCAUGGAGUACGAGGUGGGGGUCUUCACGGGCGUGGCCCACGAGGACGGCCGCGCGAUGGUGGCUCCGGCACUACUGGAGCACGAGGCCAAGCAAGUUGAGCGCGACGCUGGGAUCCUUACGCUGAUCAAGCAUGCUAAGGAAGAGCGCCGCGCUCAGGGGGCUUCGCGGAUAUCGCCUCCCGCGCUGCAGAUGUACAUGAGGCGACUCCACAGGACCAGUCACCGCCGCGAGAUGGUCGUCGACGCCAUCCGCGCCAUGAAUGAGAUGUACACUGGUUCGAGCUGCCCGCGGCCCACCGGCCUCACCGGCCCUACGACCGCCCAGCAGGAGGCUCUGGCGGUGAUCCAGGAGGCCGUCGACGCCUUCGGAGUGCCCCCGUCCGACCUCACUCCCGCAGGAGCCCUUGAGGAGCUCCGCGUCGCGCAGUCAUACGACCAGGAGUCUGCCGUGUUUGCGCCGGUGACCUUCGACCGCGUCGAUCUGAUCUCCCUGCCGAGCGUGGGCUCCGAACCGAAGUCCUUGUCUGCGCUCAUCGGGGAUGACAGCAUGAGUAUUGGUCACCGCCUUCAAGAACUACUUUUGCCCCGUGAGCGGGGGCUUGCCCGGGUCGCUGAGCACGCUCCGAAGAGGGCGUAUUCGGAUCCCAACUUGAGGAACCCUCGGUUAUAUAAGAAAGUAUUGCGCCGUCUUUUGUCAUCGCACCUCGUUGAGUUUCAUACCGAUGCGCUGAGCUCAGUGGGAAUGUUCUUCGUCUAUAAGAAGUCAGGGGCCCUGAGGCUCAUACUGGAUGGUCGGAUCCCCUCCCAGUUGUUCGACGAGCCCCCCAAAGUGAAGCUGGCAACUGGGGCCGCGUUCUCCCGACUCCGAGUUGACAGUCGGGAGCCGGUGUGUGUCGCUGGUGUGGACAUCGCGGAUGCCUUCUAUACCAUGCUGCUCCCACCUUGGCUUCGGCGGUACUUCGGACUCCCUAAGAUCAGGGCUGGGGAGAUGGGGAUCUCGGUCGACGCGAAUGGGAGACCCGUGUCGCCUACGCAGUGGGUCCAUCCGUGCUUCAGGUGCCCUCCGAUGGGAUUCAGUCUCAGUCUUUGGUUGUGUCAGUCAGUGAAUGAGAUUGUCUCGCAGCGUGCUGACCUCGUCAGACCGGAGCGUGUCCUGGUCGAUCGCCUACCUGCCCCUGUCGUCGACUCAGGCGUUGUUCAUACCGAGUACGUCGACAACUUCGUUGCUCUGUCGCUAUCGGAGGCCUCUGCUACUGCUGCUGCCCGUCAGGUCAAUCAUCAUAUGCGUGCUGUGGGAUUGCCUACCCACGGGGUGGAGAGCGGAGUGGGCGGGGAGACUCUUGGCUGGUCCUUCGACCCGGACUCGCCCGUGAUCUCGCUCAACCCUAGGCUUAGGUGGAAGUUGUACCUUGGGAUUCAGGAAGUCCUCCGACGUGGGUUCUGUUCUGGAAAGGAGAUGGUGAGGAUCGUUUCGCACAUCACGUCCAGGGUGCUCAUUAGGAGGGAGCUCCUCUCGUGCCUGGGGGCCGUCUACAAGUUCGGGGAGGUGUGCCACAAUCGAACCGUUCCAGACAGGCCCGAAGUCUCCGACGUGGACCCUAGCUUCGAGGAGGUCCCGCCCGACAUCUGGAGGGACCACUGGCACCCGGUCCUCUCGGUGCCCUGGCGGCGCCCAGCUCCUCAGGUCAUCCUGGAGGCCAGGGCCGGCGUGAUGGCGCUCAAGCACAAGCUUCGCUCCAAGAGGUCCUUUCGGAAGGCCCACGUGAUGCUGAAUGAUGCCAUGGCUCCCAUCUUGGCUCUGGCAAAGGGGCGAUCGUCGGCGCCCGCCCUCCUCGCCGUCUGCCGGCAGGUGGCAUGUUUGCUGCUGGCCUCAGGCUCGGCGGCGUACUGGAGGUGGCUGCCGUCCGAGUUCAACUCUGCCGACCCAGGAUCACGGAACCGGCCUGGUGCUAGGCGGCCCGCGGCAGCUCCAGCAGCCCCAGCGCCCGCCUACUUCGAGCGCCGGGGCCGCUCCCAGAGCGCACCUGCGCAGUCCUGGGGGGACCAGGCGGGCCGCCGAGUUGCCAGGAGGCGCGCCUUCCCCGCCGCCAUCACGGCGGCGACCUCGGGCCCGCUGACCUUCCUGAGGACGCAGGCCGUGGGGGAGGCGACCCGCCAGGACUUUGCCGACAGGGUGUCGAGGUUCACGGGGUGGGCGACCUCGGUCCGACUGCCGGGCGGGAAAGUGCCCGAGCUGGACGCCGCACUGGUGACCUCCUUCAACCAGCUGUUCUACGACGGUUACCCGAGCGAGGAGACGUCGAAGUACAUGGCGGCCCUGGUUCAUUGCCGCGUGGCGCUCGGUCGGCUGCAGGUGGCCUUCUCGAGGGCCGCUCGGGCUGCGACGGGCUGGGCCCGGCUGGUACCACCACGAGCUCGGGUGCCGCUGCCCUGGCCGAUUGCUUGCCUGACGAUCGGCUGGAUGCUGAAUGCAGGCGAGACGACAGUGGCGGCGGCGACGGCGGUCUGCUUCGCGCUGUACCUCCGACCGGCAGAGCUGCUCGGCCUGACGCGCGAGCAGGUGAUCCCACCUGCCGCGAGCGCCCCUCCGGGGCGAACCUUCCUGAGCGUCUGGUUGGUGGUCCUACAUCCAAUGGAGUGCGCUCAUCCUUCGAGGACGGGAGUCUACGACGGGGGCCUCCUUCUGGACAACCCGGGGUUCACCCGGCUGCCACCGCUGCUGCAGGCGCUGCGGGCCAGAGCCGCGCCAGGCAGCCGCGUCUUCGACCUGAGCUACAACCAGAGGGCCCUGGUCUGCAGGCGUGCUGCGGCCGCGCUGCACCUCGGCGUCCUGGGACCGCCAUCGCCCUACACCCUCCGACACGGAGGGGCCUCCCGCGAGUACCUCGCAAAGUUCAGAAGCUUCGACGAGACCAACAAGAGAGGGAGGUGGGUGUCGGACUUGUCCCCACGGCGCUACACCAAAGGGGGUCGCGUGGCAGGGCUGAUGCAACGGCUUCCAAUCUCCGAGCAGCGCCGCGCCACGCGCCUGGUCGGCACCAUUGGCGGGCGCCUAUCCAACAUCUGGCUCGAGCUCACGACCCAGCGUCAGACCUUCUGCAGCGCAGAGUUCAGCAACGUGUUCGCGGAUGGCUUCGGUCAG